UCAAGGACUCCGACGAUAACAAAAGGAUAAAAAGCGGAACGGAUAAGAAAGCUGCUUAUUGUAGACUGAGGGCUUGGCUUUCAAAUAGAGGACCAUGGCUAAAUGUUUUAGUUUGCUUUAUCAUAAACUUUUGCAUUCAAACAAUUGAAUCAUUCGUUGACAUGGCAAUACAUGACCAAAGCUUGUUGAAUGUAUUAGCAAUGAACGCAAAAGAAGCACAGUAUGUCAAUAACUAUUUCAAGAGCAUGAUAGAUUUUUUCGCUCCAGUUGGAGUGUUUUUGAUGACAAGAUUUGGUCACAGGGUGAAUGGUAUUGCCGGUUCGCUUAUUGUGUGUGUUUCAUUUACAGGCAUCACUUUCUUAGAUAGUACACUACAGUCGGAUUUUGUCUGGUACUGGAAGAUUUGUAUCUGUGGACCAAUAGGGUUAGGAAUAAGUCUUCUGAAAAUCGGUGCAUUGGUUCCUGUACUUGAGCUUUUUACCAAGCAAAGAAUGGAAGCCCUCUUGUUGACGAAAGUUGGUUUUGUAUUAGGCUCUUUUAUUGACAUUAGUGUAAAGUUUGCAGGAAAUCUGGACUGGAAAAUAUUAUACAGAAUCAAUGCCGGUUUAUGUACAUUACCUGUAGUUUUUAUUUGCAUAAUGCAGGAUAUAUCUAUUCAAGAAAGCAUGGAAAAGGAAAAUACCGAAGCUAAAGACAAUUCUAAAACUGAAGACUGUAAUGUACCAUGCCUAAAUAUAGUUUUAGUUAAAUUUCCAGUGUUAAAAAAGAAAAAGCUGUGGACAGUAUUUGGAGUGUUUUCCACUUUUAGAUUUGGAAAUGCACUUCCAAGAUUUUCUAAGUGGAAAAUCCCGAAAAAAAUUAAGGGACAAAUACAAUCUACCACAGAUUCUUUCGUUGAAGAUCUCACAGUAAUAAUAGGAAUUUUAGCAGGAAUAAAAUUAUCUUUUUGGUUUAAGAAAUGCAGUUGUCUCGAAAGUUAUAGGAAAAGAGGUUUGGUUUUUGCCUUCACAAUUGUUUCCUUUGCAAGUCCAAUCCUCGGAUUUUCAUCUGCAGUAACCUUCGACAAAGUUGGCUAUUUCAUCUUUUUCAACUUGGUUCUUAUUGCUUUAAAAGUUUUGUCUGAAAACAUAAGCCCUGAGUCAAUGCCUGAUGUGCUUGGACGUUCAAAUAUAAGGAUCACAGAGGGACUUGUGCAAAUGUUCAAUGGAUUAGGAGAAAUAUUAGCCGCAACUGUACAGCAUUGGUUACCUACUGCAGACGAAGAACAAGACUGGAAAUCCGGCUUUAAGAUAGGUGGAGGUAGUCUCCUUGUAACUGGCCUAGCGUCACAAGCAUACGUUAUUUAUGAAAUUAUUAAAGAUCCACCUCCAGAGGAGAAAAUCGCUGAUGAACAAACGUCGAAGGCUACUUUAAAAAACAAAUCCUCCCCAGCAUCAAAAGCAUAUAACGGCAAAGUAAAAUUAAAUAUUGAAAUAAAUCCGCUGAAGUCGCCCGCAACGGAUGGGAUUAAUCCAAAUGGGAUCGUAUCAAAUCCUCCUAAGGGGGACAUGCAAAAGACUCCUACUGGGAACAUGCAAACACCUCCUAUUUGGAGCAUACCAAAUACUCCUGAAAGCAAUCCAUCGCGAUCCACUCCUUCAACUUCGUUGGGCCCACCUGACAAAGAUUUUCCCAUAGAUUGUCCAAGAUAUGCUCCGUCUCUUCUGCCGCCAUAUAAGCCAAUAUUUCCGAAAAAGAACAGUGAACGGUCUCGGUUUCAAUAACGCGCAUUACAUAGGGGAUAACAAAACGCAAAAAUUGUACAAAUUUAUAUAUAUAUAUAUAUAUAUAUAUCAUUUAAUUUAGCAAUUACAAAGUCUGUUAUUGUUGUAAACUUAUACCAUCUAUGAUAAGAAUUCAAAUUAUCAAAUGGCAAUAAUGUAAGUCUCAAUCGUGCUUUUUUUAAUUACAACCUUAACCAGGUACAACUUUUGAACUUGUUUUUGUUUUUAUCGGCAUGUCUACGACACAAUAACUAUCUUUAUCACAGUAAAUAUAAAGCACAUAGAUAAUCCAAUAUUUAGACUUACUGAAAAUUGCCAAGUGAUUUGAGAAUAAUUUGUCUAUCAAGUUAUUGUGCGUAGUACAUUAAUUUCAAUUUACUGAUUUAUCGGUUAAAUUAACAAACAUAAAGUCACGACUUUUCUUUGAGCCUCUGAAAUUGAAAUUGUCCAUAAUACAUGGUUUGCUUUAAAUUUACACUUUGCUCAACAUAAACAGAACUUUUCCAAAAUAUAUACACUUUUCUGACUUAUCUUACAUUAGAAGCGCAAGGAAACAAAUGGCAAUAAAUAUUAAAAAGCUUUGACGACACAGUAAGCCACAGAAACGAAUAAAAGGAAGGGGAAGUAUGUGUUCUUUAAUUUUGUAAUAAUUGAUUUAGAACAUGCGAGAUGCUUAUCAUAUGAAGACAAAGCGGUGGAUGAAAGAUAAUUUGUGAUUAAGGUAGCAAAAUAAAUACAUACUGAUAUUUUGACUUUUAUACAAAAUAUUAAAUCACUGUAGCUGUAUUUAAUCUAAGACUUUAUAUAAUUAAAGCCCGUGAUUUAAUUGCUAAGACGAAAAAAAAGCAAAAUAUGGUUCAUGUCAAUAUUCAGUCAGUGAGUAACUUUUUAGAAAUUGGAACAGGUCACCAAAAAUGAAAAUAAGUUUAUGAAAGACAAUAGCGUUUUUGUGCGUUAAUUGCCUUCAAAUAGGAUAAACACUUGCAAUGCUUAUUUCAACGCUGCACUUUGAAUUCGUUUUGCUCAGAUUUGCAAUUUUAUAGAUUGAUAGAAAUCAUGUUCACAAGAUUGUCUAGGAAUGUUUUAUGUGUAUUUUAGGCUAGUGUGUUACUUAGUAAGUUUGGGAAAUAUCAAUUUUAAGUUUUAUAGCUGGACUGUUUUCAUUUUAUAGGCGAAACACACAGUUUUAUAACCAUAACUUUCUUAAGUUCUUAAGUAUAACUGAUUCCCCCUUUGUCAUUUUUACAUUUUUUAUCUAUUUAUUUAUUUUCUUGAGGGAUAUGGGUAGUGGGGACAACUCUGAAGAAGACCUAAAGUAUUAGAUAUAUUAAUUUAAACUUCAGACAUUGGUACUUCUCAUUCAGGAAAAAAAUAAUGUUAUCAUAAAAUGCUUGCCCUAUGUAUUUCAUUCAUACUAGUACAUGUAACAGCAUUUUGCAAUUACUUGUAAUCUUCUUCAUUUAAAAGAAUUUAGUAUAAUUUUUAAAUUGAUCAAAUAUGAUAUAUAUAUCACAAAAUAAAUCAUAGUAAACAUAUUUUGCUUCUUUAAGUUUGGUAAUCUGAGUGUUAACAUGUUUGAAUUCAGCAUUAUUAUUACAUUUGAAUUCAGAAAAGUUGGUUUGUUCCUCGGAAGUUGAAUUAUUUCUCAGUAACAAUUGAUCUCGGGCCAUCGAGCCUAACAAUCAUUUAUUCAGAAAUCAUAUGUGGGUUAAGUAGUCGGUCACUUUCAGAGAAAUUGGUAAAAACUGGUUUGCCAUCCCGGAAAGCUGGUAAGAUUGAUCGACCGCUUACAUAUGACAAUGACAUGUGUAAAAAUCGGUGUGAAAUUAUUUUAUAUUAAUAGUGCGAGGCACAUAAUACUCAAAAGUUUCAGUCAAAUGAUUUGUGUCAUUCAAAUCUCGAUUCAUCGAAUUUCCCUGUGA